AUGUCAGCAGGUGACGACUCGGACGAGGAACCAUCGGAACCAGCACCAGCACCGGUAGUGGAAGAGCCAGCGGACGACAACCCCCAGGACGACAGUACCACCACCUUUAUUGCAAGCAAAAUCAAGAAGAUGACAACCGAUACAUCCACCAACUGCAUGGAGAUUUGGUUUCCUUGGCUCAUGUACACUUGGAUGGCCGGCAAUGAGCAUCAUAUCACCCUUGACUUUAUUGUUCUUCCUUUGCCGGAGAGCUUCUAUCGUCCAUCUGUUGCUGAAGGUGGCAACCAGUUUCGGUUGUCUACCAUUAUUCCAGAAUUGUUCGUUGGAACUGGCCGUGUGAAGAUGUCCAACAGGCAACGCGACAGGAAGUUCAACAAUAGGAGUGCCAAGAUGGUUGCAUUCAACAAGUCUGCAGGGGAGGUCACCGACAAGUUGGAGCGCGAAGAUCCCAUUGUUGCUGACAAUGCUCAGGUUGUGCAACUUCCUUUUGAAGUGGAGAGUCAGAUCCGUCGUUGGAAGCUUGAAACCUUUGAGUUUGAGAAUGAUGAGUUGACACAGUUGAUGGAGGGAGCUCACCAGAGUGUGUUUGUUCUCACUGUGGAGCUUGUUGGAGUCAAGCGGAUUGCCAAGAAGCACAGUGCUGGUGCCAUGAAUAGAUUUGGUUCCCCCACUCGUGCUGAGGAUUCUGAUGACGACAACAGUGAUGCAAGCGAAGGUGGUGAUGACGGUGGUGGUAGUCGUCCUGAACCUCAUGAGAAUAUGGAUGAGCACUGA